UGGAACAUUUUUGGAUGAAUUACGCACCAGUUUUCCAACGUUUAACUUUUUCACGAAUUAUCUUCCUGUAUAUUUAUUUGUGGAAAUACAUAUUAAAUUUCAAAUAAAGGGGGUUCAAAGUGUGGGGAGUGCAGGGCAAUGAAGGAGGGGAAGAGGAAAAGGAAGGGGGUGACUGAGGGAGUGAGUGACGGUGGAGAUGUUGUUGGUGGGGGUCUUAUAGAUGGGGGGAGAGGGGAAAAAAGAAUGUAGCUUUAAGGGAAAUGUGCAGCCGGGUGUGAAAUUACAGCCUAUAGUGCUACAUAUUGUACCAGAAGCUCUCUCCAAAAACAGUAACAAAAAGAGAAAUCAUCCUCUAACCUGACCAGGAGGCUGCGCCCGUCUGCCCCAAAGAGAUGCCCCCCACACCCCCCAACAGUCCCAUCAUGCCCCAACAGGACCCACCCCACAAUCCAAAAUAUAGCAAAAAUACAUAUGCAAAUAUAUUUUUAAAAACUGUUUUAUAAUUAAAUAAGAUGUUUUUUUAUAUAUAUAUUAUGACAAAGAAUUACAAUUGUACAUAAUAAAUGAUUUAUUUUAAAUAAAUGUUCUCUAAAAAUGUAAAGUUAUGAAACAAUUGCAUGUGGUUUUAUAUUAUUCUAUCUUAAAUACGUAAUAAACAAUUUGGAGUAAACACGAUUUUGAACAAUUCGCCAUCAACACAUAUUUUUACGCAAGACGUUGUUUCCUUUUCCUUCUUGUUUGGACUUUUUUCUUUUUUUUUUUUGCUCCAAGUUUUCAGGCCCACCUAAACUUUUACUUUUUUCUUUCUUCUUACUUGGAGCUCCACAGCCGCUUCCUUCACGUUGAGAAACGAUGCAGCGCCAUCUACAGAGGCCGAAGGGAAUGAUGCGCAACGGCACCUGAGCCACUCAUCAUCAGCCGCUGUGUACGCAUCCACUUUGUACCUGCUAUCAUCACACUAUCAGCUGCGCGCAACAAAAGGUCAGUACACCUGCGUUUAACCUACAUGCAAGUCUGAACAGUCCCUAUCUUACAAUAGAGGGGAAAUUAUUUUGGGCCUCCAUGAUACAAUCUGAGAAAAUGGAUUGAGGUUCAUUAAAAAAAAUGAUCAAGAAUUUAGAAAAUGUUGCUUUUCUGAAUAAAAAAUAAGUUCUUAAUUUGAGACGUUUCCUCAAAAAUAAAAAAACAAACAAAUAAAAUGUUAAAAAGGAAAAAUAUUUAAAAAAGAAAAUCUGUUUUACAUUUUAAGAUCUUUUAAUUUCCUUCCAUUCUCAUUUAACCCAGAAACCUCCUAAUUUGAACCCUCUUGUUUUACAAUCAACUCAAUGUGGGUUUUAUUUUUUUAGAUUUUAACUUAUAUAUUUAUUUCCUCUGUCGGCGAAUCACAAAGUGUUGGCAUCUAUUGCCUUUGUCUGACAAGUCAUCCAUAUAGGAAAAAAAGGGGGGGUCUGAGAAGAAGGGGAGGAGAGGGGGGAGGAGGGGAGGGUUGCAGCUUUUAGAACCACAGACACAGACACAGGCUUCAUUCCUGGCUCCACAGAUUCAGCCUGACGCAUCCAAGGCGCGCGUAAAGAGAAAAACCCCCGGCGCGUGUGUGAGACUCGUUUCCUCCAUCAGAGAGAGACCGCCGAGAUUGAGGAGAUACUUGGGCCCCCCCGCGCUGGAAAACCUCUUUAUGUUUUUUGUGUGUUUUUUUGUUUUUUGUCCUCGCUGGCAUGCUGUGAGAUUUACCUCCGCUUAGCCUCUCCCGGCUUUGCAAGCGCACCGACAAACUGAGCAAUCCUUCGGUCAUGAUGUGCACCUGCCAGACCUCCGCUGCGGGACCGGACUGCUGAAGAAAAUCAAGGGAGGGGGGCAACUUUGGAGAAGAAGUUGCCAUACAGAUCGUUCGUUGGCGCAGGGGUGGAGGGGCGAAUUGAGUCCCUCCAUCGUGUAGAAUCACCCUUUAUUUUUUCUUCACGCUUUCAUCCCUUGACAGAAAGGCGAAACGGCGACUUCAGUUGAUUAUCUGUCUUUCCUUUGCUAUCCAAUGGAUAUUCACUGCAAAGCAGACCCCUUUACGGCGAUGCACCGGCACGGAGGUGUGAACCAGCUCGGCGGGGUUUUUGUAAACGGCAGACCCCUCCCGGACGUGGUCAGGCAGCGGAUUGUGGAGCUGGCCCACCAGGGCGUCCGGCCCUGCGACAUCUCCAGACAGCUGCGGGUCAGCCACGGUUGUGUCAGCAAGAUCCUGGGCAGGUGGGUGAAGAUUCCCCGGCCAAGAUACUAUGAAACGGGAAGCAUCAAACCUGGAGUGAUCGGUGGGUCUAAACCUAAAGUGGCCACCCCUAAAGUGGUGGAAAAAAUCGCAGACUACAAGAGACAAAACCCAACCAUGUUUGCGUGGGAGAUCAGGGACAGGCUGCUGGCUGAGGGCAUCUGCGACAACGACACCGUCCCAAGCGUCUCAUCCAUUAACAGGAUCAUCCGAACUAAAGUCCAACAACCUUUCCAUCCAUCUCCUGAUGGGACAUCGCUGUCGACGCCAGGACACACGAUUGUUCCGAGCACAGCUUCUCCACCUGUAACCAGCGCCUCCAACGACCCAGCGGGAUCUUACUCCAUCAACGGAAUUCUGGGAAUUCCACGAUCCAAUGGAGAAAAGAGAAAAAGAGAUGAUGAUGGUUCAGAUGGUUCUGGCCCAAACAGUGAUUCUCAGGGUAGUGUGGAGAGUUUACGGAAGCACCUGAGGGCAGAUGCCUUCACCCAGCAGCAGCUGGAAGCUCUGGACCGGGUCUUUGAACGCCCCUCGUACCCUGACGUCUUCCCUACAGCGGAGCAUAUCAAACCCGAGCAGGCUAACGAGUACUCGCUCCCUGCCCUGAAUUCCAGCCUGGACGAAGUCAAGCCCAGUUUAUCCUCCACCGCCAACCCAGACCUGGGCCCCAGCGUGUCGCAAAGCUACCCUGUAGGUCGAGACAUGGCCAACACAACCUUACCUGGGUACCCCCCUCACGUUCCGCCCACAGGACAGGGCAGCUACCCGACCUCCACACUUGCUGGAAUGGUUCCUGGGAGUGAGUUUUCAGGGAACCCCUAUAGUCAUCCGCAGUACACAACCUACAAUGAAGCCUGGCGAUUCAGCAACCCAGCAUUACUAAGUUCCCCUUAUUAUUAUAGUGCCGCAUCGAGAGGCUCGGCCCCUCCCACUGCUGCCACUGCCUAUGACCGUCACUAGUUACCAUCGAAACCAAAUCAACCUGCAAGACCAUGGCCUCAGCCUCCAUAUCCCCCCAGUGUGACCACAAAGACCCAUUCAACACUACUGUGAAAAAAAAAAAAAAAAAGAUAAAUAAAGUUCCAUGCUCAAAUGAGAAGAAACUUCUACCAAAAGAAGAUAAGUGCUGUAAUACAUCCUGGGAACAUCAUCGGACAAAGCACUUCCAGAAGAGACUUGUUAUUGAGAAACUGCAGCUAAAAGGAAGGAGUGGAAGAGAAAAGAGUUUAUUUCCAUCUUCUGCAGCCUCUUUCACACCACCGUGGAUCAGUACUUUACAUUCCUUCUCCUGAUGCCUCUCAGCGGGGUCGUUGUUCUGAGCUUCAGACGUAGCAGCAGUCACAUUUCCGUUUGUGCAUUUGUCUCAACACUAUUCAUGCUGCGACAUCAGGGGGCUUCGUCAGAUGACCGUUUUUGAACACUCCCCAACCGAACAUCCAGCAUGAGAAACCUGGUUGUUUAUGACGCCAUGAGAAGAUUAGGACAUGUUCUCUGUGAAACACAAUCAAGAUGUAAAAAAUGAAAAUGAAAUAAAACUCAAAAAAACUGAAAAAAAGAAGUUUCAAGAUAGAGGGAGCCAUGGCAGUAUAGCCCCAUGGCCCCACUAUUUGCAAGGUUUCAAUGGACUAGUAAAUAUAUUCUUAAAAGAUUUUUUUAUUUCAUUUUUAUAAUUCGUAACGACUAAACUGCAGACUGCUUGGCUAGUGUUUUACUAUUUCUUAUUUGUGAAAAAUCCAGACUUCAUCAGGCAAAACCUUUGUACCUUUUUUUUUGUUAAUUUUGCACUAUUUUGGAGGUUUGCAACACUGGAGCAUUAUUAUGCAGGAAAAGUAUGUGUAUAAUUGUUUUUUUUUUUCAUAAAACUGUAAGUAUAAUAAGUCAAUCGGCAAAGGCACUUACAGUUUUUAGUUGUGAAUCAAGGCCCAUUGUGUCACUGACUUGACGUGCACUAUGCUACUGUUUGUUCUCACAACUUCAAUUUUUAUUUAAGUUGAUUAAGUCUUUGGCAUUCAACCACACACACACACACAUAUACAUAUAUAAACCCCCCAAAUCAAGCCACUACCAUCAUUUGUCUGAUGUUUAACGGUCUGAUGGUCUUCGGUAAAAUCCAAAAGCAGGGCGAUAAUUAAAAUGCCUUAAAUGUGUUUCGUUCCAACUUUAGCUCCACACGAUCAAUCAAGCUGGAAUCAUUUCUCUUCAUUUGUCAACUGAAUGUAUUGAAUUUGCCAAAGACUUAGUUCUUGUUAAUGUUUAUUUACAGGACACCAAUAUGCAUCAUGAGAGCAGUAUUAUUAUAUUAUUAUUAUUAUUAUUAUUACUAUGAAACGCCCACAUUGUUCAAGUGGAAAUGUAUAAAAUUCUAUGCAGUGCAGAGAUGGUCAUUAUAUGCAUAUUCAGCUGCAAACCUAAAGGUAGGUGGAGUUUAUUUAAUGUUUUUUUUUUUUUUUUUCAAAUGUUGAUUUUUGUAGAAGCAUUUUUGUGUGUGAUGUGAAGACACUUCGCUGUAAAUACAGUAAGGCAAAAACAUCUUUCAUGUUCAUGGGUAUUAUCACUUUCAUUAUCCUGGUAUAACUUGUACAAUAAUAAAAAAAGUGUCUGAAAUCUUU